AUGGAAGCCAUGUUCGAAUGCAUGCAAGAGACCCAAAGAAGUGUGACCAAGAUCCUACAAGAUAACAAGAAGUUCAAGCUUGAGACCAGAGGAGCCAUAUAUAAUCUGAACACUCAAAUGGCCCACAUGCAGCAGAACUUUGCCCAGACGAACGUCAACAAGAACAACGGAGAGUUACCCCCACAGAUCGUGGUACCUAACAACAAGGCACAAAUGAAUGCAGUCAACCUGAGGAGUGGCAAGACUUUGCCUGAAGUAGUGCAUGUGCUCAAAGAAGGGUCUGAGUCCACAAACAAUGUAGAGAAGGUGGACGAGGAGAUAGAGAUGGAGAAACCACCUGCCCCAGAACUGAAGAAGAAUGAGGAUUUUCCCAAAGCCGAAGAGAAAUCCAAGCAUUGCGCACUAUGCCCAAAUGUGCCAAAUUUCUCAAGGAGAUCUGUACCAAGAAGGUCAUUGUACAUAGACGAUGCUAAGUUCCAUGUGGGAGAGCAGGUGUCGGCAGUACUCAAGAGGGAUAUGCCAAUAAAAUGCAAUGAUCCGGGGAUGUUCUACAUACCAUGCAUCAUUAGAGAUACAAGGAUCGAACAAGCUAUGCUGGACCUAGGUGCAUCGAUCAAUGUCAUGCUUUUGACCAUAUACCAAGAGCUGAAGAUAGUACCACUCAAACCCACACGAGUGGUGAUCCAAUUGGCAGACAAGUCAAGUGUGUACCCUGAGGGCAUAGUGGAGGACGUUCUUGUCAAGGUCCAGGACCUUAUCUUCCCAGCCGACUUCUAUGUGCUCAACAUGGGAGGUUCCAAGGCAAAACCAGCAGUGAUGCUUCUGGGCAGACCAUUCCUGAAGACAGCUCGAAACCAGAUUGACUGUGCAACCGGGAAGCUAACGUGCUAA